GUAUUUUCCACGAAGAUUAAUACACAUCUGCAUGCGCUCGAACCAAUUUUCGAAGCACUUAUUACACUCGUUUGCUGGCAGAUCCAAAACGGCAUUUUUGAAUGCGUCAACUGCUUCUUCUGGCGACUGGAACCUUUGAUCACACAGUCUGUUUUUAAUUUUCGGGAAAGUAAAGAAAUUCUUUGACAAACAAAUGGUGGUAUACCAAUCCGCAGUAACAGUUCUUUGCUCAUUAAGAGGAAUUGUUGCCAUAUGACCCGCUUUUGAC